ACUUUAGAUGGGCUAUUUAAAAAAGUCAUACGUCAACUUAAUAAUCAGUAUGAACCUGAUGGUUACUCUGAACCUAAUGAUUUCAAUGAGCAAGUGUUUAAAUGGACAUGUAAAUUGUUUCGUGAUGAAGCUAUAAUUAAUAAAAAUAAAAUUGAAUUGAAUUUUUUAAAAAAAAAUAACGAUAAUGAUGAUUGGGAUUGCAUUUGCAAAAAAGUUGAAGAUAUAAAAUCACCUCAAAAUAAGAUACUUCAAGAAAAUCACAAACUUAUUAUUGAGAAAUAUAAUCGUAAUGAUAUCAUUAUAUUAACAGAAAUAGGUCUUUUUAUUUAUCAUUUUAAUGAAAAUAGUCAAUCUAUUUCUUUAAUCUAUUUUUAUUAUAUGGAUAUAUCACAUAUUGAAUCAACUAUUAAAUCCACUUUUAAAUCCACUUCAUUACCUUUACUAAAUCAUAAUAGUUUUAAAGUUUGCAAUGAAUGGGCUUCAAAUAUAAAAGAUAAUAAGAAUAAUCUUUUGAAAUAUGGAGUUGAAUUAUUAUCAUUUGCAAUUAAAGAACAUGAUUCAGAAUUAAUAGAUGAUGUUUAUAAAAAAUGCAUAAAUUAUUUUAAAGAAGAUUUAGGAAACAAUAAGAUGUGUCUAAGUAUCAUCACUUCCACAAUGCCAUUAUUGAAUGAAUAUUAUCCAGAAUAUAUUUCAAGAUAUUCUUCGGAAACAGUAAUGAUCAUAGAUUCACCUUUUUAUAGUAUAGAAUAUGAUCAUACCAAGUUACAUCUUUAUUCUUAUCAACAUCAUUUACAAAUAAUUAAUAUAACUCAAUCUAUUUGGUGGUUAAAUUAUUGCAAAUCAAUGGAAGUCUAUGAAGCUUCAUAUAUGAAAAAGAAGACAAAGUACUUUUUGAUACUAAACAAUAUUCAUCUUUUAAUAGUUUUACCCCUAUUCCCAAUCUAUUUUGUUAUAUGUCAUAUAUUAUUAAAAUACCAUUUUAUUAUUGAUUGGUAUAAGAAAUAUGGAUUUUUUAACUUAUAUUUAAAUGUAGUCAAAAAAUUUUUAAAAAUAAUACCAAUUUCAACAACACCAACAAUUACUUUUAUGAAUCCUUAUAUUAAGUUUGUUAACUAUCCAAAAGACUAUAAUUGGUUUUUGGAAUUAUUUUGGCCUCAAUCUAGUCCAUUUGUUGAAACAAUGAAUAGAGAUAUUUACAGAACAUGGAAUGGGGAAGUAUUAAUUAAUUUCAAGUGGGAUCAUUAUGGAAAAUACUAUUAUGCAAUAAUUUGGAUUGGAUUUAUUGCCUUUCUUGGAUGCUUUACUGCUGCUGCAACAAUUACUCAUAUUAAUGAUGAUAUUCGAGAACGACUUUUAAUUGUUUCAAUUAUACUUGGAUUUAUUCAUUUGAGUUUUGAAGUUCGUCAGAUUAUUUAUAAUCCUAUUAAAUGGAUCUGUGAUUUUUGGAACAUAUUUGAUGUAAUUGCAUUUGUGCUUCCAAUUUAUACUUCUUUAUAUUGGCUUCAAACAAGUGAUAUGAAUGAUUAUAUAAUUCAAUUACUCUCUUUUUCAUGUCUAUUUUUAGAUAUAAAAUUUUUGUUAUUUUUUAGAGCAUUUGAAUAUUUUGGUGUAUAUUUUGCAAUAAUUAUUAGUGUUGCAAAACAGAUUAUCUCUUUCCUAGUAGUUUUAUUUAUUAUUAUAAUAAGUUUUGCACAUGCAUUUUAUAUUUUAUUAUUACCAAGAUCUAAUUUUUCAUUUGAUGAACGUACGAAUAGUAAUGAUCCUAAUAAUCCUUGGAAUAUAGUUCCUUCCUAUAAUUUAGUACUUGAAAAUGGAGCCAUUGGUGCAAAUCCAUAUAUAAUUCAACAGCCAAAUGGAAAUACAAAUAUGUUUGUAGAUUUUAAAACAUCUCUUUUCGCAAUGUAUUUAUUCUUAACGGGUGACUCAAGUGCAUUAACUAAUUGGCCAUAUAUCAGUAAUCCAUCAAUUGCAAUAUUGAUUGUUUUAUUCUCAUUAUUAAUUGUUGUAUACCUUAUGAAUUUGUUUAUUGGAUUACUCAAUAUGGCAAUUGAAAAGGAUAAUAAUAGAGUUUCAUAUUUAAUGCAGAAGGCAGAGAUUCUAGCUGAAAUUGAGUUGUUUUAUUUAUUACCAUAUCAAAGACGUUAUGAAAAAUGGUUUCCUGAAGUGAUAUAUUAUUAUGCUAACGUUGAUAAGACUCGGGAAAAAAUUAAAGAAAUGAUGAAAAAUGAUGAAUGGAAUACUGAUGAAUUCACAGAACUCAAGCAAGCUCUACUGGAAAAACUUAAUAUUAAAUAUAAUCCUGAUAAAUAAAUUCUUAAAUUCUUGCAAAAAAAAUGAAAUAUAGUUUAUUUCUUGGUAUAUAGAAUAACAAAAUUUUGUUCCUUAAUACAA